UGGGGAACUCAUGCUUCCUUAUGCUUCUGCACCGGUACUAACACUCUUUUCUUGUCCUAUUGUCUAUCUUCAACUAUGACUCUACCACAGCAACUACGUUCUGAGAGUGACUUCGACCAGCUGCCUAAUAACGUCCCAAUCAGUGCUACCAUUGCGGAUGUCGAGGAGAAAAAGGGCUUCAUUGACUAUUUUAGGUUUGUUAUUGAGGUGAAGACCAAAGGAGGCAGCAAGUAUCUGAUCUACCGGCGCUAUCGAGAGUUCUUCAGCUUACACCAGAUCCUGGAGUCCAGGUACUCACCGGAGGACCCUGACAGACCUUCACCUAACUCCUGCGUGCUCCCCACGCUUCCGGGCAAAGUGUUCAUGGGCCACAAGCGGGAGAUUGCGGAGAGCAGAAUCCCCGAGCUCAACACGUACAUGAAGAGGCUGCUUGGUCUGCCGACGUGGUUGCUGCUGGACGAGGAGCUCAGGAUGUUCUUCUACCAGACGGAGAAGGACAGCCAACAGCAACCUCGGGCUCUCAGGCGUUUACGCCCGCCUACCCGCAGAGUAAAGACCGUUAAACCAAAGACGGACCUCUUCUCCUCCCCCAGGGCAGAGGCCAUGUUUGACUUUUGCGGAAGCAGCAAAGCAGAGUUGAACCUAAAGAGAGGAGACUUGGUGUUCCUGCUGCAUCGAGUCAACCCCGACUGGCUGGAGGGCACCACCAAUGACCAGACGGGUAUUUUCCCAGAAUCAUUUGUGAAGAUCAUCAAGCCCCUCCCAGAGAGCGAAUCUGAGGGAGAAAGUGGCGCCUCCACCUUUAGCUGUCUGCGAUGCUACUUGCUCACCCCCGAUGGAGUCGACACCAGAGACGUGUGCGUUCAAGAGGACCUCACCAUCCAGCCAACACACAAGGACCUGAUGUCUCGAAUGAGGGACGUCUUCAAGGUGGACGGCAUUGCGUUAAAUUACCGCGACCCCGAGGGCGACUUGAUCCGCAUCCUGGACGACGAGGAUGUGCAGCUGAUGAUCUCGGAGAGCAGAGGUCAGCCGGGGGCGGGCCAGAGGCCUGUCAAUCAGUUUCCAUGGGAACUGCACGUGACAUUGGCCUCGGACCUUUCUGUUUACAAUGUGGAGGCAUAAACUUCACGGGGGGCAUUUUCCAUCCAUCCAUUUUUCUACCGCUUAUUCCCUUUGGGGUCGCGGGGGGCGCUGGAGCCUAUCUCAACUACAAUCGUAUGAUUGAAUCACAAUUUGAUGUUUUGACAAAAUAUUCAUGCAAAAUUUAAGGCAAAUGUUAUCGAUUUAAAGUUUGUAAAGUUGUGUACUGGCUACGUCUUGAAGCCAUAUACUUGUUGACUUCAUUCAGUUUGCUGCUGCCUUAGACAUUUUCAAGUGAAUAUUUCCUGCUGCUGGCUAUAUUCUACAUUUUGAUGAGCUAAAAGACUCCCUUUCAAAACUCAGUAGGUUGAAGCUGCUUUCAUUUUUAUCACCGCUGGCUUUCGCGCUUUUAAUUGUAACGAGGUCUUGCUCUGAGCCUCGGGCUACGCUGCUUUGGACAAAGUUUUGCCAGUUGAAAAAUAUUUAGAGUUCAAAUUGGAGUUAAAUCCCUGCAAUAAAUAAUAAAAAAAAUCAAGUGAAUGUUCGAAAA